AUGCGAGAUGGACACAAACCUUCCUUCUCCGCAGGACCGUGGCCAACUCCAGGUGUGGGACGAGAACAUGGUCAUCGUCUUAAAGAUGGUGGUGGCGAUUGGAAUGUACGUCCUAUAGGAACUCUCCAAAACGAAAACCAUUCUAACAACUCAACAGGAGACUUUCGCGUGCAGAAAGGAGGAGGUUUGGAAUACAGUUAUGAGGAAAAAGGUCAUAGCUAUGAAACGUGUGUGGUUCCACCAGCAAAGAUGGAGUUUCCACCAUACGAUGGAACUACAAAUGCAAUUGAGUGGCUGCAAAAAUGUGAUGACUAUUUUCAUGAUCAAAGGGUGUUCAAUGAUGAUGCUAAAGUACGUGACGUUUGUGCUCACUGGAAAAGCGUAUCAUUGGAACAGCAAUCUCCGGAGAUUGUGGAUGAAUACUGCAGUCAGCUUGAGGAGUGUUUGGGUCGACACACUAGAUUAACAGGAGAUCAACAACUGUGGCAGUUUUGUGCAGUCUUAACUGAUCGUCUACGUAAAGAGGUUGAGUACCUUAGACCGGAAACGAUCUUUGAAGCUAUGGAAUAUGCUCGGGAUAAUGAGUAUAAGAUCGACAAUGACAACAGAGCGAGAACGUUUGGAGGCCAUCUGGCUCCAUCAACGAAAUAUUUUGGAGGAGGUGAACAAGAAGAAGCAAAACAAGCACCACCAAAGAAGUAUUUGAAGAAGUUGACCAGUGCAGAAAUGGCAGAGUGA